AUGGAUCCCAAGCUCAAGAAGAUCAUUGAACUCAUCGAAUCCAAGAAAAAGCCUUCGCAUCCUUGGAAGCGGCAAGAGAGGUUCGAUCAGCCAUAUUUUUCCUUCUCGCCACAGACAUCCUCGUGGCAAGAGGUUGAAUCCUCCAAAGACACCAAGACAGAGUCGGCAGUUUCCACCUUCUCGGUUCAAUCCUGGAAUAUCGAUUUCAUGCUUCCAUAUGCGGAUGAGAGGAUGCUUCCUGCGCUCAAGCACCUUCGGUCGCAUGUCAGCGGUACACCCUUACCAACCAUCAUCAUGCUGCAAGAAAUGCUUGAGACUGACCUUGCACUGGUGCAAGCCCAAUCCUGGGUCCGAGAGAACUACUAUUUGACCGACAUCGACAAACAAUAUUGGGAGUCGGGACACUAUGGCACCUGCACACUCAUUCCAAAAGCUCUGUCUAUCACUGCGGUCUUCCGUGUCCAUUACGAGCAGACCGUCAUGGAGAGGGACGGACUCUUCGUUGAUGUGAAAUUCGGCAACGGCCAGGUCAUCCGCAUCUGCAACACUCAUCUCGAGUCGUUGGUAGCAGAUCCUCCGAGGAGGCCACACCAAUUGGCCACGGCAGCGAAAUGGAUGCACAGUCCAGAUGUGAGUGGCAGCGUAUUGGGUGGAGAUCUCAAUGCCAUUCAGGCCUUCGAUGAAACACUCCACUCGGAUAAUGACCUCCACGACGCAUAUCUGACCCUUGGGGGUAAAGAGCAUAGUGAUGAAGGUUAUACCUGGGGCCAGAUGGCACCAACAAAGCUGAGGAACAUGUUCGGAUGCAGCCGUAUGGACAAGUUUUUCUUCUGUGGCCAAUUGACAGUCGAGAAGUUUGAGCGCUUUGGUUAUGGCGUCGAGGUGGAGGAAGAGAGUGUCAAGAAGGCUUUGAUCGAGCACGAAGGGCUCGAGGCCGGUUGGAUAACUGAUCACCUGGGUGUCAAGGUACAAUUCAGCCUGGAGAAGUCAUCGGGCUCCAAAAUGUGA